AUGUUGAUCACCUUGCUGGGGUGGGCUGUGGUGCUCUCGGUUUUCGCCAACACACUGCACCGUCCCGCUCGGGUGCUGCAGAGCGCGACCGCCGACGCCCCCAGCCAGCCCGGCAGCCACGACAGCCACGGCUUCAGCGGCAUGGGCGCGCGGUGGGCGUCUCGGGCCACGGCCGUAGCCAGCCGCGCCUCUGUCGGGUGCAGGCCCAUGCCCGAUCUCGGAUUUGACUACCCCCCGCUGCGGCCAGUGCGGCAGGCGCUCGCCGCCCUCCACUGCCAGCCACCCCUCCCCCGGCAAGACACUGAGGCCGCCUACAGCGCCGCCCUGCUCGAGCUGGAUCCCCUCAGUCCAGCCGGCGCGCCGCACGCCGCCGCCGCCGCCGCCGCCGCGGGCCCCCGGCGGGGCCGGGCAGGAGCGGCGC